AUGUUCAGGAGCGUCAGCCCCGCUUUCCGGCGGACGUGCCUCACUCCUAUGAGGAGCUCGGCCGAAGUCGGGGCCGCACGCCGCCAGCUGGCAGAGCUAGCGACCUCUGCGGCCGCCGCCAGUGUGGUGCAGCUCCUGCUGAUGAUGGACACUUCGCCUCUGCCAGCCGUGUCAAGAGGGCUGCUGGGCUUCUCCUCCUGCGUCAGCUGCAGCUUCCUGCGCACGGAGGAGAAGGAGGUGCAGGUGGGUCAGGCGCAGGUGCAGGAGACGGAGACGAUGCUUGGCACCUGGCGAUCCACCCAGCGCAGCAAGACCAAGGUGCAAGAGCACUUCUGGAACUGGACGUCCCAAUGGCGUCUCUUCCUGGUGAACAGCACGCUCGCUUCAGGGCACAAAGGCUCUCAGCUGAAGAGUCUGGGGGACGUCACAGAGGCCCCAACUGCCAGCGGCUGCCAAGACGCAGAGCUGGACAUCUCCUGGCUGCUGAGGCUGCGGCACCGCGGCGCGGCGUUUCUGGUGAACCGAUCCAGGCAGAGCUGCCGCACCCCGCGCCGCAACGAGGAGGUCCAGGAGGCUGUGUCAUUCUUUCAGCGACUCACCGUCUUCGCGCGGAGAGCGGUGGAGCUGCUGCGGCCAGGAGUGAGUUUACCCUACGCCAGUGCUUCCAGGAAUCAGAACAGACGGGGGGAUGCGCUGGGCAGCGGUUCAGGCGAUGGCUCCAGCGACUGGGCUGCGGAGCUGGAGGAUGCGCGCAAAGCGUCAGUGCAGAUGUUCAAGCCGAUCCUGGCUCUCUUUGCUCUUGAGAACAAUGCCUCCGGACGGCCAGUGCUUUCGGCGGAUGUGGACACUGUACUGGACGCUUAUCAGAAGAGUUUGGAUGACAAGCUUCACACCAUCGAGAGGAGCGAAUCCGGCGGAUUGGCGCGGCUGGUGCUGCUGCUGACGGAAAUGGAGAGCCUGUCAUUACAGAUGAUGUCCGCUGUGGAUGCCUUGGAAGGGAUGCUGUACCAGCAGCUCACCAGCGCGCUCGGGAAGUCCAUCCACAGCUCGGACUUCGGCGAGUACAUGGACUUCCACGGGCGGAUGAUCCUAGGCGACACCUAUGCGCCAGCGCCCUUUGUUUAUGCGGUGAGGCGGCACCAGCAUCAUCCAGAGGGCACUUUGUCCAUCGAGGCAAAAGUGGGCGCCGCUUCCGAAGCGCCUCUGCGCAGCUUCGCGCUGCACCUGCCGGAGGGGCGGCCCAUGCGUGUGGAGCUGAGCUCUGCCACCUCGGUAACGUUGACCGGGGAGCACUAUCUCCACGCCGCCAUUUUCCACCGCUUCGCGAAAGAACGGCCCCAG